AUGGACCACGCCGGCACCUCUGGCUACCCGCAGCCGCAGCCGCGAGCGCAACGCCAGCCGGUCCUGCGGAGGACCCGGUUCGUCUGCAUCUCCGACACCCAUAACACUACCGUCAAGUUGCCAAAGGGCGACGUGCUGAUCCACGCGGGGGACUUGACCAACCAGGGCAGCUAUUCCGAGUUAUCGAGGGCAGUCCAAUGGCUCGAGAAAGCAGACUUUGAGACCAAAAUCGUCGUUGCAGGGAACCAUGACAUCACCCUAGACUCAGACUUCUACGCCCAACACGGAUCCAACUUCCACUACCAAACACCACAAUCCCCUCAAGACUGCAAAGCCCUUCUCACAAGCUCGCCCUCAAUAACCUACCUCACCCACGAGACAGCAACAAUCCGCCUCUCUUCCCCCUCAGGACCACACACCUCCUUCACAGUCUUUGCAUCACCCUACUCGCCGCGCAACGGCCUCUGGGCAUUCGGCUACGAUGCCCCUCAGCACGGCAGCCUCGGCGCCGCGGCGAGCAAUCUACCCACGCUCUGGGACGAUAUCCCGCUCGAAGCGGACGUCGUCGUGACGCAUACCCCGCCGCACACCCACUGCGACGAAUCACGCGCCCAGCGCGCAGCGGGAUGCGAGGCCCUGAGACGGGCCUUGUGGCGAGUCCGUCCGCGGCUUGCGGUCUGCGGACACGUUCACGAAGGACGCGGCGUCGAGAGGGUGCGUUGGGACCUCGGAUGCGGCGGCUCGGCGUUUAGAGAGGAAGGUGUUGAGAGCUGGAGUGAUCCCGGGCAGGGGAACAAGCAGUCCCUCGUGAAUUUGUCAAUGAAGGGGGGGAACGCUCUCCGUAACGACGGCUCGCAUCCGGAGAGGAGUCCAUCCGACAAGGAUGUGGGGAGGAUAGCAUUCGGUCCAUCUCCGUCUCCGGCCAUCCCCGGAACGACGUCAGAAACCGCCGCAGAGCUGGGCCUCGGCACCCGCGGCCUCGCUGGCGAUCCAACAUCACCCCGUACCGAAGUCGCCGCACUCGCCGGACGCCUCGGCCGGCGGGAGACGUGCGUCGUUAAUUGUGCCAUCAUGGCGAAGAGUUAUCCCCACGUCGGAGGCAAGACGGUCAACAAGCCUAUCGUCGUGGACCUGGAUUUGCCGGUGUGGGAGUGGGGUCGUGAUGGUAUGCCGCGGGUUGUGUAUGCGGAUUGA